GCGCCGCCGCGGCGCUGGCGCUGACGAGCGCGGCGAGGAGCGCCGCUGGCUCCAGGGUGGUCUCCGCCGGCGCGCCGCCCGCUGGACACGACCCGCGGGGAUGGAGCUGGCGAUGAAGCGCAGCCGGCAGCUGGCAGCGCAGUUGCCUCCUAUGGAGGGCAGCGUUGUGUACAAGCGGGGCUGGACUAUCGACGAGGCUCUCGAGCAGCACCAGUGCCUGAUGAGGCAGCAUGAGCUCCAGACCUCCAUCGGCGAGAACCACGCCGCGGUGAGGCGGGCUCAGGCGGAGUUCGCGCAGCUCUCCGCCAUGGAGUCGGCGGCCGAGCUCCGGAGGGCGCUGGCGGGGAUGACCUCCCUGUCCGACGAGCGCGUGCAGUCUCCCGUUCCUGGAGACCACCCCCGCAUCGAGCCUAUGUCGCAAGCUGUGCCGCGAUGGGGCUUCCUCACCGUGGUGGACACUGUGUCGAACCAGCCAGGGCGGGAGAUGGCCGCACUGCUAUUGGCGAUGGACGAGCACGAGGGCCAGUACGUGGUCCCAGCCGACGUCUUCAAUCCCGCCUUCGUGGUGGGGGCUGCGGAGGUCGCCGGAGCCGACGACAAUGGGGAUCCGGUGGGCGACGAGAUCAUCGCGAUCGCGUACAUCGUGCUGCCCCACUCCCUCGCCACGUUCAGCUCGGAGAUGCAGACCGGCGAUGCCGCGCCUUUCGGCGAGGCGGGCCUCUGGCCCGACGAAUCGUCGGUAUGGAUGGCGGCCCCUUUUGGGUUCCAUCCGCCGGGCCACGGGGACUUCGACGAGGGCGCGCGCCUCUUGGCGGAGGGCCGCGAGGCCAAACAGCCCAGGCCGACCGCUGCUUCCAACGCCGCCGACAUCGCGAGCCUCAGGGGCCAAGUGGAGGGCGUCCUGGAGCAGCAGGGCGCUCUCGUCGACAGCCUUGCAAGGAUCGAGAGGGCCCUCGGUGCCGGGCGAGGCGCUGGGCCACCUCCACCUGCCCAGAAUCCAGGAGGCUUCCGGUCCGCCAUUUCCGCGGUGGCCUCGGGCGGCUUGCAAUCCCUGUUCGGCCGCAGCCGCUCGGGCUCUCCUGGCCUUCCCGGGGACGGGCGCGCCAUCCAGCCGCCCGGCGGUUCCACGGCGUGUGGGGCGGUGCCGAAAGGGAGCACUAGGCGCGGCGCGUGCACUGGCUGGAGCAGCGCCGGCGCGGGCCACGCCUAUCGCCGGACCGCACUAGGGAUGAGCAAUUUGGACGGGCAGAGCGCAAUCGUCGAAGCUCUGCAGGCGCUGGCUGCCCAGAGCCAGGCCACGACGUCCUUGCUCGCGCGCCAGGGCGCCACAGCAGGGGACCCCCUGCAGACGCUGAUGGCCGGAUCCGAGGAAGCGGGAGGAAGCGCCAAGCUUCCUGGAGCAAAGGGGGCGGCGGCAAUGGAGUUGUUCAGGAGGCAGCUCGAGAGCAACCCGGCACGGGGUGUCGCAUACCUUGCGUACGGCCUGGCGACCGCGGCAAACCAGAUGCAGGCCCAGCUAUGGGAGCGCGCCGAGGCCACCUUGAUGCUCCUGCUCUGCGCAGUCGAGCAGGCCUCGCUCGACCAGGGCCGCUGGUCGAUGGCAUGGCUGCUGACGCACCUCCCAGAGCCCCCCUGGAACGCCUUCGGUCAGAUCCCAGCGCAGGACCCACUGCGCCCGUUCGGCCGGCUGUCCUGUCCGAGCUGGACCGCGGCAGCGAUGGUUUUCGUCAAGGACGCCGCUGCACUCAGCGAGCUCCGCCGCCGCGGAGCCGGCCUGAGGCAGGAGGCCUGCAAUGCACCAGAAUUCAUGAGCGUGCUGGGCACCACAGGCCGGCCGCGGCUCCCCGCUCUCGACGCCGCCGACAGCGGCAGCGUCGCCGCCGCCCUCAGCUACGUGCAGACAUGGAUCGUAGCCGAGCUGAGGAGGAAGGUGGAGCUGAGCCGCCGCCCGCCCAUCUCAAUGGGCGGCCGCGGGACGGCUAAGCUGGAGGCGAUGGCCGAGUACGCGGCCAGGAUCUUGCGAGCGCAGCCGGGGGACGAGCUUUCUGCGCCCGCGAAGCUUGUAGGAGGAGAUUUCGUCGCCUCGCGCGCGGAGUUCCUGAGCGUGGACGCCGAUUACAACCCAGUGCAGGAUCUGGGCGUGCUCGAGGCCGCAUGCUUCCUCGACCCGUCGUUGCUGGAGGCUCUGGAUCGCGUAGGUACCCGGUGGCACGUUCAGCCGGGCUUCGAGGCCCCCUUGCCGCAGCGCUAG